AGAGAAAAUGGGAAAGCAAAUUGGGAGGGACAUACUGCUAAGAGCAGAAGAAUUGGUUAAAUCCGCUAUGAAAGGAAACGAUGCAUCCCACGACGCCGCCCACGUCUUCAGAGUGAGAGACCUCGCUCUCUCACUUGGAUUAAGAUGAAUGGCUCCACUUCCUCUGUUCCUUUGGCUUCUAUUUUUCGUUCUUUACUGAUAAAUCUUUGAUCUUGUUGAAAUCAUUGUAUCAUUUGUUUCCUGUCAUUACGGCACCGUGAUAUUAUUUUUCCGAGGAUCAAAAUACAACACGGUAUACUCUAAAAUUGUUGGUUCUGCUAGCACCUUCAUGUAACUUUGAUGGCAAACUUUGCAUCAAGUUGAAUUCGGUUGUAUCAAGUAUGGCUUGAUUGGGUGUAAUCUUCUAGGUAGUUUCUUAAGUAAUUAUUUUCCCUUGAGGAUGUACUUUCAUAUGGACUACACCUUUUCUGGCAGCUAUAUUGCUGUAUUUGUUUUCGUACUAACUAAUAUUUUAGAUCCUUUUUUAAAUUAGCCCACUACUUGGAAAAAAGUUUUUCCCAUACCUUUAAGAAUAAAAUUAUCUUCACAUGGUUUAUGCAUUACUUGAAAUCAGAUGCAUUUUGAAAUGGUAAACUUAUGUUUGUAACUAAAAUCCUUGAUAUGUUUCUCCCAACUUAUAAUGACCUUUGGUAAAAAUCUGCAAGUAUUUCUCCAAAGGGAUCCAUCGGAAGGAAAAAUUGUUGAGAACUUUCUCGUGGAGGAAGGUGUAGAUGAAAAUACGAAGACGAGUAUAUUGAGCAUAAUAAAGGGAAUGGGCUUCAAGGAGGAAAUUGGUGGGCUUACAGGUAGCACUCGUUGUCCAGAAUUUGGAGUGGUACAAGAUGCUGAUCGCCUUGAUGCAAUUGGCGCAAUAGGUACGAUUCAGUUUUUGAACUGUGAUUGCUGAUAGAGUUGCUUUUAGGAAUUGCUCGAUGCUUUACGUUUGGGGGAAGCAGGAAUAGGGAUCCCCAGAUAAAGACGAGCAGACAACAGUGAACCAUUUUCACGAGAAAGUUGUUUUCUUCGAAUAACUUGAGUUAGAUGAUAGCAUAUGCUAUUAAAAAUGAACAUUCUGCACGAAAUCAUUAGUUGUAGGAGCAACGCACAAAUUAAGAGUUAAACAGGUUUUGUGUGUCAACUUUCAGCGUUUUCCAGAAAAAGGCACAAGUUCAUGGAGGAGUUGUUGGAGAGCAUGAGGUUGGGUUACUUCCUUUCUCUCGUAAACCUAUGUAUUUUCGUCAUAAUUGGCUCUCCGAUAUGAUUCUGUUACUGAAAAUGCUGAUUUGGUUGCAAAAUUUGGUAUGAAUUUGUGAGUUAGUUGUAAAAGAAGGUGGGGGGGGGGGGCAUAUAUUGGCUUCAUUCAUUAUUGAACCAAGAAUAUUAGUAACUCAUUUUUCUCCAAUUGCACACACAACACAAUCAGCUAUGUUGGUGUUUUAUGUAAGUUGGAUAUUUGUCUGUCACACACCCGCAAUAAAAGAGCUGUCCCAAAUUCUUACA